AAUAAUUAAUACGAAGUGGUGUUUUGUGGUUAAUGAUCGCAUUAAGUUAGUCGGAAGACAUUCGCGAGUGUUAUUAUAUUGGAGUAUUCAAUGAACAAAGUGUAUCUGCCUAUUUUCGCUUCGUGCCGGGAAGCCGCUUCAUAACUCAAAAGUUUAUGCGGACUUUUGAGUUAAUUCGUUUGGGGUUCGGAGUAGGAGUCUACUCCGAGGGUGGGGGCUUAGGUUUCAUCAUCAUCACCUUUCAUCAUUUCAUUAAUCAUCAAGAAAAAAAAUACGUCAGACAUGGCUGUAUGGGCAUAGUUCCCUUUGCCUUACCCUUCGGGGAAAACCAAAACAAAAAAAAAAAAAAAAAAAAAUAUAAUUUUCAUUCUUUCACGUAAUUUUCACAAAAAUAAUGCGGUGGGGCGAAGCUGUUACGACAGAAUUUGUUAGGAUGUAUCUUAAGCAUGAGUGUCUGUGGAAUCCUGACCACCCGAGUUAUAAAAUGCGACACGUAAGAGAAAAAGCUUACUACGCUAUUAGCUCAGAGUUUAAAGCUGCUACGUCGAAGAAUUUAUCCGUUCCGGAAGUAAAAGUGAAGAUAAAGAAUUUACGGACAACGUACUGCCAACAAGUGCACAAAAUACUGCAGAAAUCCGGUCCAGAUUCUAUGUAUGAACCUUCGCUUGUUUGGUUCCAUGAAAUGGAUCGAUGUUUGAAGCAUAUACCUUUGAACCGGCAUUUGAACUAUGGCUCGAGGCAACAGGCACCAGAGGUUGACUCCUCUGAAAUAUGGGUGGAAACACGGAAUGAAAAAUUGGAUGAGCAAAACCCAGACCCUCUUAUAUCACAAACAGAUGAAGAAUUACAAGAACCAUCAGACGAAGUUAACACGAAAAAGAAAAAGCGGAGUUCCUUUAAGAAAAAGAAAAAGUUCAAACGUAAAAGUCCAGUUUGUUACGUAUCAGAUUCAAAUUCAGAAUCAAGGGAGGACGAAUUUGACAUUUAUGGGAAGUUCAUAGCAUCACAACUGAGGCAAAUGGACCUACAAAAAGCGUUGAGACUACAACUUGAAAUACAAAGUCUCGUUAGCGAAGCCAGGAUCUCUGAUAUAUCAUAAAAUAAUUAUAUUAUUUUUAUUUAUUGCUAUAAGUCAAAAAUUGCCAUUUUUAUUUACUAAAAAUUAAGAUUACAGUGAUUGUAAUAUACAAGUUAUUCAAAUUAAUGUUUAUUAUAAAAAAGAGUACAAAUUAUUAUGUUUAUUUUAAAUAAUUAUUGUAGAAUUCUAUUUAAUGUAUUACAAUAACCAAAGAGAUAGAUAUAGCCUUUAUUAUGGACUUAUUGUAACAAUUUUUUUUUUUUUUUUUUUUUUUUUUUUAGCUUAUACAUAAUAUUAAAAAAGAAAUAAAGAUGUGUUUAAUUAUG